GCCUUUAUUCACAGUAAAAGAGUGCAAAACCUGAAAUUCAUGCAAACUUUCACAUUCGGCUCAUUGCACGCGUCACCACAUAUCACGACAUAUCCGUGUUUGCAUAUCCUUUCAACUCCCGGGCCUCAUAUGCCUGUCCUAUGCCUAUCACUCCCUUGCACACUACACCUACUACCUAUGCUACCUCAGCUACCUUGCUAAUGCUCUGUACGACUACCUAGUGACCGAACUGUCCUUUGCGACAGUGAGUGCUGUAUUGUAGACUGUAGUCUGCGUGAAGGUAUGCGUGUAUUUGAUGGACAGUUCCUAUAAACAGUCCGCAUCCGCGCACAACUUGAUUCACUCGCUGUGCUCUCCGGCAAAUCGACAACAGUUUCAGACAUCUCUCGGCCCUCAGUCACCACCAUCUCAGCAGAUCUGGCUUUCCAGCCCAUGUCCGCCUCCUGUAAUCCAUUCGCAUCGGGCGCCUGCCAUCAGGGUGUUGGUGGCGGCCACCCGGCCAUGGCUUACCUCAAGUCCAGUCCCUACGGCAUGAAUGGCAUCACUGGCCUCGGCUCAUCCGCUGGAGUGGAUCUCUUGCACUCCAGUGUCGGAUAUCCCGACAUGUAUUUGGGCGCCAUAUCACCCAAUGGUCCCAAUCAGCCUCCGAGGAAGCAAAGGAGAGAGAGGACUACAUUCACGAGAGCGCAGUUGGAUGUGUUGGAGUCCCUGUUCGGCAAAACCAGAUAUCCAGACAUUUUCAUGAGAGAAGAGGUUGCGCUGAAAAUCAAUUUACCCGAAUCUAGAGUACAGGUUUGGUUCAAAAACCGAAGGGCGAAGUGUCGACAACAGGCACAGCAACAGCAGAACGGGACGGGCGGUGCCGCUAAGACGCGACCAAAAAAGUCAAAGAGUCCGCCGCCGCCCGGUUCGGCGACCAACUCUCCGCCGGCGUCCAUACAUAGGGGUGACUCGCCCUAUAAGCCGCCGGCUCUGCCCAACAUAACGUCGAGUGGAAACGUGGGAAAUCCGUUGUGUUCUUCGGUUACUUCCCAUUCAAACAAUUCUAGUGCCAACACAUAUAGUUCCAUAUGGAGUCCGGCGGCCAUCGCGCCGGUGUCUGACAUAAUGUCCAGUAACAGCUGUAUGCAAAGGGCGGCGCAGGCCUACCAUCACCACCAGAUGGCCAGCAGUGCCCCGCAGACGACGGCCGCCUGCUAUCCGCCUCAAAGUUAUCCGGCGUCGGCCUAUCACUACGGAAACAUGGAGUACCACAUGUCGGCGAUGCCUCAUCACACGCACUCACAGUUAGGCGCCGCCACCACAAUGGCCUCAGCCCUCAACCAAAUGAAUGGUCCGAACAUGAGCUCACAUAUGAAUCCUAUGUCUUCACACGGUCUUCACGGUGGGAGUGCCCGCUCACCGCCAAUCAAUGGAGGCAUUCCAUCACCUAAUGACUGUCUCGAGUACAACCCCGACACUAAGGCCGGCAACUGGAAGUUUCAAGUGUUGUGAACAUUAUUCUUCAACUAUAUUAUCAGAACUUAUAGUAUUUAAGACUUCCGAAGAAUUUUCUAACC